AAUGAGCAACUCCACUCCCUCUUAUCCCUCCUAACCUUCUCUCCAAUCAUUGACAUCCCAACACUCCUACCUCUCUUUCUCUAUAAGUUCAUACAGCCAGCUUCCAUUUGAGCAACUCCAUCUCUUACUCCAACUCCACUUUUAGUUUUCUUUCUCUCUCUUGUAUCAAGACAAGCAUUGGAAACAAUGGUGAUGGCAGGAGGAGUGCAUGAAGUAGAGGAUGAUGAUUUAUCUGUCUAUGAUUUCAAAGGCCAACCUGCUGAUAAGUCUCGUACUGGUGGUUGGCUUGGUGCUGGACUAAUCUUGGGGAGUGAGUUUGCUGAAAGAGUAUGUGUGAUGGGAAUAUCAAUGAAUCUUGUUACAUACUUAGUUGGAGACCUUCAUCUCUCAACUUCCAAAUCUGCCAACAUUGUUACAAACUUCAUGGGCACACUCAACCUUCUUGCUCUCUUUGCUGGCUUCUUGGCUGAUGCUAAGCUUGGCCGUUAUCUUACGGUUGCCAUCUUCGCAUCUAUCACUGCCGUUGGGGUGAUUUUACUGACAAUAGCGACCACCUUAAAUAAUAUGAGGCCACCAGAAUGCGACAAUUAUCGACAAAACCACCAUAACUGUAUUCCGGCAAGCGGCAAGCAACUUGUACUACUCUUUAUUGCUCUUUACACCAUCGCUACAGGUGGCGGUGGCAUCAAAGCCAACGUUUCUGGCUUCGGAUCUGAUCAAUUCGAUCACCGGGACCCUAAAGAAGAAAAAGCCAUGAUUUUUUUCUUCAAUAGGUUCUACUUUUGCAUCAGUAUUGGAUCAUUAUUUGCGGUAACAGUUCUGGUGUAUGUGCAAGACAAUGUAGGUAGAGGAUGGGGUUACGGUGUAUCUGGGGCGACAAUGGUGAUGGCAGUGAUGAUAUUACUCAUCGGAACACCGUUGUAUCGGUACCGGAGACCGAAAGGGAGCCCUUUGGCAGUGAUUUGGAGGGUGGUGGUGAAUGCAUGGAAGAAGAGAUAUGUUGCCUAUCCUGAUCAUCCAAGCUUGCUCAAUGAGUACCACACAUCCAAAGUCCCUUACACUGAAUAUUUUAGAUGUCUAAACAAAGCAGCAAUAACAGAGGAGACCUCCAAUGGCACAACAAACAGAAUCUCUGAUCCAAGUUCAACAUCAACAGUAACUGAAGUAGAAGAAGUGAAGAUGAUACUCAAGCUUCUCCCCAUCUGGUCCACCUGCAUUCUCUUCUGGACAAUCUACUCCCAAAUGACCACAUUCUCAGUAGAACAAGCCACAUACAUGAACCGAAACAUCGGUUCCUUCGUCUUCCCUUCCGGCUCGCUCUCCGUCUUCCUCUUCAUAACCAUCCUCCUCUUCACUUCGCUCAAUGAAAAACUCCUUGUCCCCAUCGCUCGCCGUUUUACACACAAUGCACAAGGGAUCACAAGCCUCCAGAGAGUUGCAGUAGGACUAGUGUUCUCAUUGAUAGCAAUGGUUGCAUCUGCAAUUGUUGAGAAACAAAGGAGACAGUCAUUUGUUAUGGAUGGGAAUGCAAUAAGUGCAUUCUGGUUAGUACCUCAGUACUUCUUAGUUGGGGCUGGUGAAGCAUUUGCUUAUGUUGGGAUGCUUGAGUUCUUCAUCAGAGAAGCUCCAGAGAGGAUGAAAUCUAUGAGCACUGGACUGUUUUUGGCAACCCUGUCAAUGGGGUUCUUCUUGAGUAGUUUGUUGGUUUCUCUUGUGGAUAAGGCUACAAAUGGAGGGUGGAUUAAGAAUAACUUGAACAAAGGGAGGUUGGAUUACUUCUAUUGGAUGUUGGCAGUGCUUGGGGUGAUCAAUUUCUUGGUGUUUCUAGGAUUUGCUAGCAGGCAUCAGUAUAAGGUGCAAAGGGUUGAAGUGAAGAACCAGGGUGGAUGUGAACUUGAUGAAUGGAAGGAAGAUAAUUUUAAGGAAAGUAUCAAUGUGUAAAUCUUUGCAGGGUUCUUGUUUCGGUUUGUCGUAUAAAUAUGCUAUCUUGUUUGUUUGCUGUUCUCUUGAAGCAUGAAAUGCAGAGAGCUACAGUUUCCCCC